AGGAGAGGAGGAGAUCUCGCGAUACUUCACUGGGCGGCAGUUGGUUCUUUGUGUGCAGCAGGGAACGUGCGUGUUAGGAUCGACAGAUCAUCUCAUCUUCCAACUGCGGAUCGAUAUCUGACCCAAUCACACCAGAUCACCUGUCCGCACUCCCACAGACGCAGUUAACUUCCUGAAUCAUUUCCAUGGCGCAAAGACGAGGACACAUCAGGUACCUGAAGGUGUGUGAGGUUCAGAACUCUCAGGGUGAUGUCAGAGACGCUUCGCUCGCCGCUAAAGGAGCUGCUGGAAAUGAGCUGUACGAUAACGGGUACGGCGAGCAGAUGAUGGAGGACGAAGACGCGCGCACGAACCUGAUUGUGAACUACCUGCCGCAGAGCAUGAGCCAGGACGAGCUACGCAGCCUCUUCAGCAGUGUUGGCGAGGUCGAGUCUGCCAAGCUCAUCCGCGACAAAGUGGCAGGCCACAGUUUAGGUUACGGCUUUGUUAACUUUGUUAACCCUAGUGAUGCAGAGAGGGCUAUCAGUACCCUCAAUGGCCUGAGGCUACAGUCUAAAACUAUCAAGGUUUCAUUUGCACGGCCGAGUUCGGACGCCAUCAAAGAUGCGAACCUGUAUAUCAGUGGUUUGCCACGGACUCUCAGUCAGCAGGACGUGGAGGACAUGUUCUCGCACUACGGUCGCAUCAUCAAUUCUAGAGUGUUAGUGGACCAGGCUUCAGGUCUGUCACGUGGCGUGGCCUUCAUCCGCUUUGAUAAGAGGGCUGAGGCCGAUGACGCUGUCAAACACCUGAACGGACACACGCCUCCCGGCAGCGCUGAGCCAAUCACGGUCAAGUUUGCUGCCAAUCCCAACCAGGCCAGGAACUCCCAGAUGAUGUCACAGAUGUAUCAUGGCCAGUCACGACGUUUUGGGGGGCCCGUCCAUCACCAGGCACAAAGGUUCCGGUUUUCUCCAAUGAGCACCGAUCACAUGAGCGGAGGGGGUGGGGCCUCGGGGAGCUCAUCCUCUGGUUGGUGCAUCUUCAUCUACAACCUGGGCCAGGAAGCUGACGAGGCCAUGCUGUGGCAGAUGUUUGGCCCGUUCGGCGCAGUCUUGAAUGUGAAAGUGAUCCGAGAUUUUAACACCAAUAAGUGCAAAGGCUUUGGCUUUGUUACAAUGGCAAACUACGAGGAAGCUGCCAUGGCGAUCCACAGCCUGAACGGGUACCGCCUGGGGGACAAAGUCCUGCAGGUCUCAUUCAAGACCAGCAAGGGGCACAAAUAGAGGAGGGGGCGAGGCUAAAACUAAUAACAGGUGUUUUUGUUUUUGUUUUUUGUCUGUUUUGUCAGUUUUUCCCAGCAUGCCCUGUUUCUUUAUGUCAGUAAGUAAUUUUUCUGACUGUGUGGGCGUUCAUCCACAAUAAAGGACUGAAACCUGCAGUAUGACUGACAGCUGACUGUCACCAUGGUUAUGAACAUAACUGGAGUUGUAUCAAUUUCUGCAGGUUUACAUUUGGGGUCAAAGGAUACGGAAACUAAAUCUGCUCUUUUCUGAUUUGAGUAAAACGUUCAGUUGGUUUUAUGUACAGUUUAUGUAAAUGAUGUCAUGGUAACCACUGACAACCGAUUAAAGGAUUAAAAGUUUGGACAGGUAACCUGACGUUAUCAUGUCAGGUGAUCAGGUCAGUGUUAGACGAUUAGUUUCAUGUUGUACAGGUGAGGUAGAGGAAUGCACCUGAUGAACAGGUAACUGAUGUGAAGUCGAUUUUCAUUUGUUUUAUUUUUGUAUUGCAGCUUCAUUGUGACAUUUAUUCAGCAAUAAAUCUGUUAUUGUGAAAACAUAA